CAGUCGCGUUGGAGGUUGAGAAGGCGCAAGCAGAGACCUCUGGCUCUUGCACUUCAGACAACCAGGGACUCCUUCAGGCUCGGGUCGUCAUUGUUCACUUACAUCACUUAAGCAACUAUGUGAUGCGAUGAGGUUAAAUCCGGGAUUCCAGAUACCCAGAAACUCCCGGUUUUUCUCUCUCGCCCUGGGGCAACUCCAGAAACUGCCGGGAGAAGCAGUCUCGUAUCCCCGUCUUGAGCACAAUGGAGCUCCCAUGCGCAUCCCUGAGUUCCGCAACAAGUAUGCCGGCAUUGAGAAAGCCGUCGUCUCGGACGAGGAAGUAACCCUUCACGGCCGGAUCGAGUCUGUCCGCGUGGGGGGCAAGCUCAUCUUCAUUGACUUGAAGAGCGAGUUUGAGCGUAUCCAGGGCGUAUGCAACCUCAACAAGUUCGAGGACGGCACCAAUGCGGAUCAGCUCAAGCGGGUCGGCAAGGUGCUCAAAAGGGGCGACAUCAUCUCUCUGAGAGGCAAAGCCACUCGGACCACGUCAGGCGAGCUCAGUAUCCAGGCGACACGUAUGCCCCGGCUGCUGGCUCCGAGCAUCCUCCCGCUGCCGACGACGCUCAAGGACCAGGAGUCGCGGAGAAGGAACCGCCACGUUGACAUGCUCGUAAACCCUAGAACGGUAGACAUCCUACGUCUCCGGUCAUACCUCAUCAAAUACCUUCGCGAUUUUUUGCACGAACGGCAUUUCCUCGAGUUUCAGACGCCCAUCCUAGCAGGCGCCGCCAGCGGGGCUACCGCCCGGCCCUUCACCGUCACCGCCAAUGCUGUCUCGACGGACAGAAAACUCUCGCUCCGCAUAGCCCCUGAGCUCUGGCUCAAACGGCUGGUGGUAGGCGGCGUAGACCGCGUCUUCGAGCUCGGCCCGGCCUUCCGCAAUGAAGGCAUCGACCAAACCCACAACCCGGAAUUCACCAUCUGCGAGUUCUACCAGGCCUACUCCAACCUCUCCGAUCUCAUCUCCCUCACCCAGGACCUGAUCCGCGGCCUGGCUGCCCAUUGCCAGAGCCUUAUUUCUACCAAACUCACCAGCCUGCCUGCUAUCGACCUCACCCUCUACGAAGGCCCGUUCGAGCAAGCGGAAUUCAUCCCUACGCUGGAAUCCGCGCUGGGCUUCAAACUGCCCGACCUUGAUUCCGCGAGCGCCUUAAUCGAUCUACUCGCCGAGUUGAAGGCGAGGAAUAUCCCGCUUUUCCCACCCAGCACAGACAUUUCAACAAAUACAGACUCCUCAACCAGUCCUACAGAGGGCAUGACCCUCCCUUGGCUUCUAGACAAGCUCGCAGAGCGGUACAUCGAGCCGCUGUCGGCCGGCCGGCCGCUGUUCAUCACCCACCAUCCGGAAUGCAUGUCGCCGCUGGCCAAGAGCUUCGUGUGCGACAAGACGGGCCAGACCGUCUCGGCGCGCGCCGAGCUCUUUGUCGGCGGGCGCGAGCUGGCCAACAUGUACGAGGAGGAGAACCACCCGGGUGCGCAGCACGCCAAGUUUCUCGGGAAAGCAUGGGCCAGGACUGGGGUCUUGAAUGGGGGGAUUCCCGACAAGCCGACGGGUGGGGACCGUGGUCGGACUGAGCAAGGAGGUUUGGAAGCCGAAGACGGUGGCAGUAAGGGAAAAGAAGAAAUCUUAGUAGGAGAAGGAGGCGGGGACCCAGGAUCCGAGCUGGUGGAUCAGAGCUAUAUCCGUGCUCUCUGCUCGGGCCUGCCGCCUACCGGGGGGUGGGGGUGCGGCGUGGAGCGGCUGGUGAUGCUCUUUGCGGGGACGAACAAGAUCGGGCACUGUCUGAGCUUUGGGAGCCUGAGGGAUGUGGUGGGCACGUCGUCCCAUGACCCUCGUGGAUCAUUGUUCCCUGCCGAAGAUGAGCAAAAGCACCGGACGCGGAGGGGCAGGAGAAAGGAGGUUUCUUGAGCCUGAGGGGGGGGCUCACUGUUUGAGAAAGGGGGCGGACGUGCCAGUGGUGAGACCAAGCCUGACGCUGAAGCAGAUGAUGCACCGGCUUGCCGUGAUUUCUUGGGGAGCAGUGCUCUAAGACGUGUGCGGGAAGAUGUAAGAUAUAUGGUGGACAUGUACUGUACGUGUACGCAUGUAUAUGUGUCGGGAGAACUCAUCAGAGUGAUGGGCUUGGGUAGACUAGAUGCUAGAUGCUGUGUAUUUUCUUGCUUUCGUUCCAAGACCAAGUUCACACCACGCGAGA